AUGAAGAAUCUUGUCGUUCUGGCCUUCGCUUCUGGCUCUCUUGCCACGCUUUUUGAAGCAUCUGGUCUGUUGCCGCGAGAUACCACGCAGGUAGCUUGCUCUGAUUUGGGCCGCAAGAACUGCGGUGUCGUCUGUAUAGAGCAAUCUGAAACCUGUUGCCCCGAUCAGCAAGGUGGAUGUCCUGUUGGGUCCGUUUGCUGGCUGGGAGAUAAUGGCAAAUACGGCUGCUGUCCUGUUGGCAAGACCUGCCAAGGGCCAGGUGGUUCUGAUAUCACCACCAACACCAUCACCGGUCCAGGAAGCACCAGCACUGUGACCAUUCCUGAGUCGACUACUGACGUGGUCGAGACGACUGCUACAGAACCGACCGAGACAGAGACUAUCCCAACUACUACUGGUCCAAUUGGCACCAUCACACCUGUGCCGACGACGGUAGCUCCCAACGGAACUGGAUCUCUGCCUACCACGUCUAGUCCUCCUUUCACAGCCGGUGCCCCUGUAAAUGGGCUUGCUCUUUCCGGUGUUUUGGGAGGCUUGGUUGCUGUGAUUGCAGCUUUCCUCUAA